GGCCCGGCUCGGGAGCGGCGCGUGCGCGGAGCGGCGGGAAGAUGGUGCUGAUCAAGGAGUUCCGAGUGGUUUUACCUUGCUCAGUGCAAGAGUAUCAAGUUGGGCAACUUUAUUCUGUGGCAGAAGCUAGCAAAAACGAAACAGGAGGUGGGGAAGGAAUUCAGGUCUUAAAAAAUGAGCCUUAUGAACAGGAUGGCGAGAAGGGACAAUACACUCACAAAAUCUAUCAUUUAAAGAGUAAAGUCCCUGGGUUUGUAAGGAUGAUUGCUCCAGAAGGCUCCCUGGUGUUCCACGAGAAGGCCUGGAAUGCGUAUCCCUACUGUAGAACAAUUGUGACAAAUGAAUACAUGAAAGAUGACUUCUUCAUAAAAAUUGAGACCUGGCAUAAACCAGAUUUGGGAACAACAGAGAACGUUCACAAUUUAGAUCCAAACACAUGGAAGAGUGUUGAGGUUGUCCAUAUUGACAUUGCAGAUAGAACUCAAGUAGAACCAGGAGACUACAAAGCUGAUGAAGAUCCUGCAUUAUUCCAGUCAGUUAAAACGAAGAGAGGACCUCUGGGGCCAAACUGGAAGAAGGAGUUAGCAACUGAUGAGGAGUGUCCCAAAAUGUGUGCUUACAAAUUGGUGACCAUCAAAUUUAAGUGGUGGGGACUGCAGAACAAAGUUGAAAACUUUAUACAAAAGCAAGAAAAAAGGAUAUUUACCAACUUCCACCGCCAGCUGUUCUGUUGGAUUGACAAGUGGAUUGAACUGACUAUGGAGGACAUCAGGAGAAUGGAGGAUGAAACCCAGAAGGAGCUGGAAGCGAUGCGUAAGAAGGGUUCCGUUCGAGGCACUUUGGCUGCGGACGUCUAGAGGAGUUCUCUGUAGGUUCUGAGGCAAAGCAAGCUGUCUGCGUAACCAAGGCCAAGUGAGAGGAACGAGUGCUGCCAAUGACGAGUGACGCCGGACGGACGCCGGUGCCGGAUCUUGGCUGUGUGUGUGGGUGCAUGACUCUGUAUAUAACUACACACACACACAUGCAGACAGAAGGGGUGGUUACAGUGUCUCCGGGUGCUAUACCUGUCCUAGCAAAGAUCCCAAGGAAACUGCUUUCAUUAUGUAUACCCCAAGCAAAUAAAAAAUCAACUGAGUAGUGUCAUUUAAAGGAUGAAUUUUGCUAACUGGUAUGUUCAUGAAUGUCAAUACUGGACCAAUUUUUGCCCUACUUGUUUCCUCUCCUGUCCAAGUCACUCUGCUCUAACUUGCCCAUCUCUCAUUGUAAAGGAACACUCAAACAAGUUAAUUUCAGUUUUAUGUCUUCCCUAUGUGAUGAGUUUUUGGAAUCGGAACAAUGAAUGUAUUUAUAGCUAUUUAUUUCUGGAUUGUCAUUAUCCUCUAGUCAAAUCAGAAAAAAAAAAAUUUCUAUUAGUGGAAAUUGGAAGACUUUUACUGUUGAAUAAGUUUAACCCAAACUUUACCCACUCACUGAUUUAAAAGGAAAAAAUCAUGUUUUAUUGGACUUUUGUACAUUGAAAUGCUAACAGUUUUCUUCAUUAAAAUUGGCAAGAUUAAGGAAAAA